AUGAGAAAAUACAGAAUGACGAGGCGUUUUAAAAAGUAUACACAUAAAUAUAGAAAAAUGGAAAUGUGUAUUGUUAAGUGGAGCAACAAAGAAGUUUUAGAAUUAUUACAUAAAGAGAAAAUAUCAAGCUUCAUAAUUGAAAUUUGCAAGACUCAAGAUAUCGAUGGACAGUGUUUACUUUCUUUUGUCGACCGCGAUUUCUAUGACUAUCCAUUUGAUCAGUUAAAACUGGGUGAAAGAAAAAGGUUUAUACUGUUAGUGAAAAAAUUACAAAGGAAUAAUAGAAGUGCUAUGUAUGAACUUGGAUUAUAUGAUGAUCAUGCAUCAAACAAUCCUGCUACAAAUAUUAAUUUCGUUGGAACAAAUCUAUCACAUUUAAGUUACAAUCUCCAUAAUCAAUUACAAAAUGAACUGUAUGCAAGAAAUACAGAAUGCAUCUCAAAUUUUACACCAGAUGUAAAAGCUUCCAAAUUAAAGCCAGAAGUGUGGAAAACUGCAAUAGCAUUAGGGUAUGUGUUUCUUGUCACAUGGGUGACAGCAGUAGUAAUGGUGAUUGUCCACGACAAAGUUCCGGACAUGAAAAAAUAUCCCCCGCUGCCCGAUCUCUUCUUAGAUAAUGUACCACAUAUACCCUGGGCUUUUGAUAUGUGUGAAAUUACUGGCUCAUUCCUAAUGGCUAUUUGGCUAGUUGUUUUGUUCUUCCACAAACAUAGGUUUAUAAUUCUAAGAAGAUUUUUCGCGCUGGCUGGUACGGUGUUCCUGUUGCGUUGUUUUACUAUGUUGAUAACGUCGCUGUCCGUGCCGGGGUCACAUCUCAAGUGUGAGCCCCGGUUUUACCCGCCUGCUGAUGAUCUCACUGUUUGGGGGCGCCGUCUCCGACAAGCCUACGACAUUUGGAGCGGUGCUGGCAUGUCAGUACGCGGAGUCCGUACUUGCGGAGACUAUAUGUUCUCAGGGCACACCGUGGCCUUGACGCUCCUAAACUUUUUUAUCACCGAAUACACUUCCCGUAGUCUGUACCUCCUUCAUAUACUGACAUGGGUAAUGAAUAUGUUCGGUAUCUUCUUCAUUCUGGCGGCUCACGAACACUACUCCAUAGACGUGUUCAUAGCCUUCUACAUUACAUCGAGACUUUUCCUUUACUACCACACGCUCUCAAACAACCAAGCCUUGAUGCAAUCUGACUCUUCCAGAACUAGAAUAUGGUUCCCGCUGCUGUCGUUCUUCGAGUCUGAAGUGGACGGCAUCGUUCCUAAUGAGUACGAGGGGCCGAUGGAGAUCGUGAUCAACUUGAAGCAGUGGCUAGUGCAGCUUGUGUUAGACGUGAAGGCGUCGUCUGUGGCCAGGGUCGCGGGCAGCAAGCUACAGGAGGGCGCCGCUAUGGGAGAGUACUCGAUGGUCAGACUCGUCGACGGCAUCAAACGGAACAUAAGCAUUAUGGAGGAGUAUAAAAACUCACGCCAGAGACUCGCCACACUAGAUAAGAACGUCCAAGCCGGCCACGACCUGCCCGAGGCCGAUCUACGACACGGGAAAAUAGCCGAACUCACCAACGACGCCCUCUUCAGAGAUUUCAGCAAACCACCCUCACCGGCCAUCAAGAAGAAUAUCUGA